AUGGAGGACCCGAACAUCCUGGGCAUUGCCCAAAUGGGUGCUAAGCUAUCCAGCGCUCUUGACCUGCACGGUGAGACAUGUCGCGAGGCUCGAUCAAACAACAUUCCCAAUCUUGUUUCCCUUAUCAAUUCAACAUCAGCUACACUUCUAAAAGUGCAUAAACUGUCCCAAGAAGCACCUGAUGUUUUCACCGAGGUUUGCAUCAACGACAUCAACGGCCUAGCCGCCACGUGCAGGGUUCUAUACGAAGGAACUUUGGUCAUACUCGUCCACAGAGAAAAGCACAACGAGGAAGACAAGACCAUUGGCAGUAUGAAACAAGAACAAUUCGAAAUUCUUCUUUCCUCUUUGGCGGCUAAGACAUAUUCAAAUUACAGAGUCUGGGAAUGGCUACGGCCUCGUCUCAGGAUCUGUGAACAGGAGUUAAGACAAGCCAAGUUCGAGCUUAUGCUACGCUUCCUUCUUGGCCGUAUUGCCCAGUUCCAAAUGCGUACUUCAGCACGUUCUCCGGGCGAUUGGGAGAAUGAACGAUCGCUGCGACUUCCUGCUGAGAACAUUGCUAAACGACGCAUUGCAAACCACAAAGAAUGCAGUGAGGAGCGGGAACGCUGGACAAAGAAUUACGAACCACCCAUUGUCUCGUUGGGGGAGAACAAAACUGUGGUUACAGACUCAAGUUCUGUCACUAUCGCACCCUCACCUGUACAGGUCAACGCUGUGAUGGACAAGAGUGAAAUUACCGAGAAAGAAGUCAAGCCCGAAACCAAUAACUUGUCUCCUGUUAUUGUCAAAACAUCUGUCCAAGAGAAAGAGGAUGUCUCCUCGAUACGUUCAGAUACCACUUUUUCUGCGGACACCCCGUCUCAAAACUGGUGUCAGCGUUUGUUCUCUCGCAAUUCUCAAGAUGAAUGGAAGUAUGAAGACAUCGAAGCAUAUACGCUCAACAUCAAGAACGGCGACAAACACGUCGCUAAGCUGCCCCUAGAGGAAGGGGAAAUAAGACCGGCAUUGCGGAAACUGACAACCAAGCAUUUCUGGAAAAGCCGUCCUAGUCUGAUGGAACAAUACGCCUCACUUGACCACGUACUUCGUCAGGGCGUUGACGAGGCAAUUUCCACUGCAAAACGGGAGAAAUCUCGGGAUAUGACUCUCGUCGCCAUGUCGGCUAGAAAAAUAGAUUCCUCAGCUGGAAUCAAUAGUAGGGUUUGCUACACUUCCGAGGUGUCAAUCACGCUUUUCCUCUCGCUCGGUGCACCAUAUGCACCUAUUUACAUUAUUGGCUUAAACAAGGAGAAAUGGACGGUUCCUUACACUAGUUGCGAGACGGUCAAGAUGAUAAGAGAUUUGAUCCCAACGCUCAGUCGCUACGCUGUAGUUAACCCUCCAGGAAUCGCCAACGGCGGUUACACAAUCUUGACGGAUGAUAACGUGACUGUCACUCCCGAAACAUGGGAAUCUAUCCGUCGUCCUGGUAUGGUUCUAAGGUUGCAGACACCGCCAUUUCCACAGCCCUGCUACCCCUAUCCUCCACCAAUGCCGGUUGGUCCACCUGGGGGAGGUUAUGCCUACCGUCCUCCACCGCCCCCAAUACACAAAAGACCAACAAUGGCAGAUACUUAUCAAGAGAUGAACAACUUGCUUAAGCUGUCCGAUUGCUGGAUGCCGGACAAGGAAACGAUGGAGCAUGGGGGGAUAGGAAACCUUCUUCGCCUUUGGACGAAUGCUAUUGAUACUGACGCUCAAGAUUGUGGGAAUAUGUCUGACUGGAGUUGUUCUGGGAGUGAUUUCUAUGACUAG